ACAAGUUGAUCUGUUCAGCGCACACGUUGGAGAACUUGAUCGUGAUCGGGAACAAGAUCUCUAAAAGGAAAAGCAGUAGCAUCCGGACUUAAGACAGGUUUAGGCUUGUAGCAGGAACACCUCCCACAUUGAUCACUGAUUACAACAAUCAGUCAGGAUGGUAUUUACGGAGAUUCUAGGCUUCGCAGUGGUCGUGUGCAUAUUGCCCCAGCUGGUUCUCAGCCAGAGCAGCUGCACUAAUCCGAACGGAGCUGCAGGUCAGUGCAUUAAGUACCAGGAUUGUCCUUUCGUGCAAAAGAUCAUUGGGAUCUACGGUCGUAAUAUACCGACGAAAAUUCAUAACCAGAUCAGUCAGAUGCAAUGCAGAAGCGCCACAAAUACUAAGGACUUCCAUCUUUGUUGCCCCAAUGAAGCCGCACCGCAAUCGUCAUCCAACCAGGAGUCCCAGAGGAAGGUUGUGCGAUCGGAUGGUGGAAACCUGAACCGGUAUGAUCGAAAGGGUCUGCAACUGUUGAACUCGGUGACCAACUGCGGUAACAAAGGCAAUCCCAAGGUCAGCGGGGGAAGGACCGCCAAGCCCGGCGAUUUUCCCUGGGUGGCACUGCUCAAGUAUAAGAUCAACGGUGAUCGUCCUUUCCUCUGCGGCGGAAGCCUCAUCAGCGAGCGCCACAUCCUUACCGCAGCCCACUGCAUCAUCUCGCAGCCCGAAUUAAUUGCAGUUCGCCUGGGCGAACACGACCUGGAUUCGGAGGAGGACUGCCACUAUUUGGGCGGAACUCAUCGCGUCUGUCUUCCGCCUUACGAGGAGUACGGCAUAGAGAAGAUACAUGUGCAUCCCAACUACGUUCAUGGUCAGAUAAGCUAUGACGUGGCCAUCAUCAAACUGGAUCGCGUUGUUAAGGAAAAAUCUCACAUUAAGCCCGUGUGCCUGCCCAUCGACCAGCGCUCCCAAGAACUGGCCUAUGACCAAAGCUUCUUCAUCGCCGGAUGGGGUGGAACCGAGAAAGGUAGUGUUUCCUCCAAGCUCCAACAGGCCCUGGUCACCCGGAAGAAUCUGGACGACUGCCGCCAAUACUACAACAAGGGUGAGGUGAACGACAACCACAUCUGCGCCACGGGAUCUGGAAACAAGCAUACCUGCCAGGGAGAUUCUGGCGGUCCCGUGUUCUUCACGCACCGAUUCAAGAACACCUACCGAGUGGUUCAGUAUGCCGUGGUCUCCUUCGGAGGACGCCGCUGCGGCCUGAACCAGAAUCAGCCGGGAAUCUUCGCCAGCGUCAUCGACAUGCUACCCUGGAUCACUCAGAACCUGCAGUAGAGCCACCUGAUACUCUUGAUUUCAAAGACACACCCUAUUUAUAUCCUUAUUCCUAAGACCCCUUGCCAUAGUUACUCUAAAUGAUUCCCUAGUUUUGUAAAUAUAUUGAAUACAUGAUAUAAGCAGCAAUAA